AUGGAAGAAAGCUCGUCGGCCGAGUUUGAAGCCCUCUCGGAGCAGCUCGCCAAAGUCCAGAACACCCAGCUGACGAUCGCGGAAUCCGACAUGGCGUUGUCAGCACUGGAAGCUCGUGUAUUCCUUGCCCGCCAGAAAGGCACAAGGACACCGCUAUCGUUUGCCCAGUUCCAAGCUUACUGCCUCGGCUGGGUGUCAAAGUGCACGACCGCUACGGAAAAGGUCCGCUUCGAGACGCAAUCACUCGAGCGCCAGAUUGAGAUCCGGCGGGACCUGAUCAAUCAAAAGCGUCAGUACGUUGGCAACGACACCCUGCGUCUACACGUGGAAAGCUUCGGUCUCGAACAGCUGGUCGCAGGGCGUGAACUGCACGAAGCGCACCGCGUCUACUACGAACUGCGGUAUCUUGAUGCGGAGGUGAAGCGUUCGAUGUUGCUGGAUAAGCACUCCCUGUACGACACGACUCAGCGUCAUGCCCGGGCGUGCCGUGACGUCGAACGGUUGAACGUCCAGCUUGAUGAUGUUCGCGCGAAAAUUGCUCUCACUGACAGUGAGGUUAUGUCUCUCGAGCAGGAAAACCAGCGAUUGCGCGCGCAGUUACGCCAGGAUCCACCACCGAGUGUUCAGGAAAUGGUGAAUUGCGCGAAGGAGCUUGACAACCUCAAGGAGGAGUUAUUCCGAACGGUAAAGCGAUGCGUACGUCUGCUGACGAGUGAGAAGACGCCGUUUGAUAUUGCUCCUUACGCAAGGAUUAUAAUUGCCAAAGACCAUCAAUACUAUGUGUAUCGCUUUUUGAGCGUAUAA